UUCAACAAACAAAUAAAUUACUGGAGAACUUUUUUUGAAUUAAUUAAAGCUGAAGUAAGCUGAAAGGAUGAUUUGCCGAUUGUGCCUAAACAGCGUCAGCGACACGGACACCAUCCAGAUAUUCGAGAGCAUCGGCCUCACUCUGAACGUGGCCACAGUGCUGUCGAAAUACUUUUGGUUCGAGCCAAAAAACGAUGAUCCCAUAUCGACGGUGAUUUGCGUGGACUGCUGGAACCAAGUGAGCCAAUUCCACGAGUUCUAUGUGGCCGUGGAGAAGGCGCAUCGGCUGCUCACUGAACGCUUCUCCCUGAAUGUGGGGGAAAAGGCCAAUAGCGGACAGCCAGAGAGUGAGGAGGAGCCAAACCAGCUUCCCGAUGAGGCAGAGGAGAUGCACCAGUUGCCUGAUGAAAAGGAAGCGCUAAGCCAGUUACUUGAGGAGUCGGAGAAGCCACAUCAGUUGUCUGAUGGGGCGGAGGAGCUGCUCUUCCAACAGGAAAUGGACGUGGGCCACCAGGACUGCGACAGCGAUGCCUCCUUCAGCAAUGAGCAGUUCCUUAACCAGGUACUGUGUCAGCAGGACACCACUGAUGACCAGCAGGCAUCUCUUGCAGAGAAGCAAGAGGAAGUGGAUCUCAAGAAUGUGCCACUGAUUGCUGUAGAAGAACGUCGGGAAACGCGCUCAACAGCCAGAAUAAAAUCCCAUCAAACAGCACAUAUAGAGCUCUUAGAAACAGAUCCGGAAUCUCAAGCAGUCACAGACAGCGAACCGAAACCUGUGAAUACUUCAGCUGCCGCCGCCAAGCGACGAAUGCGAAGUCGCAAAUCCGAGGAACAUUCAAUGAAAACCAAACGUUACGUAGACUAUAAAAAGUCCAUGCUGGAUAUCGAUCAGAAGAUCGCUGGCCACAUGCGCCUCACCUGCGACAUCUGCCACCAGGGCCACGCGACCUUUCUGCUGCUCUGCAAGCACAUGCUGCAGGUGCACCACCGCAAGGGCUAUGCCAUCUGCUGCCACAAGAAGUUCUACAAGCGCUCGGCACUCACGGACCACAUUGACCGACACCUAGAUCCCGAGAAGUUCAAGUGCACUGAGUGCGACAAGACUUUUGCGGACAAGCAGUGCCUGCGGAAUCACGAGCUGCUGAAGCACCAGCCCGACGAUGUGAAGGUCUUUAUGUGUGAGCAGUGUCCGAAGCGCUACACGAAGCAGUAUUUGCUGGAACAGCAUCGCAUCAUCCACAAGGAGCGCACAAUACCGUGCGGCAUUUGCGACAGACGGUUUCCCAACGACUCCCUGCUCAGUACCCACGUAAAAAUGGUGCACAGCAACUAUGGCACAAUGUGCGACAUCUGCGCUCAGGUGAUACGCGGACGAGCGGCCUUUAAGCGGCAUCAACUGGAGCACUCGGGUGUCUCAGAGCCGAAGGUACAGUGCGACAUCUGUGGAUCCUGGCACAAGAACAGGCAUAGCCUGAAGAAGCAUGUGCGUCGACACAAGGGCUCCUCCGAAGAGGUGCGCACGUGCAAGGUGUGUGGCAAGGUGUCGCCCAACCGGAGCGCCAUGCUGAGCCAUCAGCGAUAUGUGCAUUUGUCGGAUCGCAAGCACGAGUGCAGUGUGUGCAACAAGGCAUUCAAGAAGGCCAUCACCCUCAAGGAGCACAUGGCCAUGCAUACGGGGGAGGUCCUCUACAAGUGUCCUCACUGCCCCAAGACAUUCAACUCGAAUGCCAACAAGCACACCCAUCGCAAGAAGGCUCAUCCCAAGGAGUUCGAGGAGGCGCGCAAGGCACGCACUGAGAGCCGAAUGGCCACCACCGAGGAUGGGCCUGGGCCUGGGUCUGGGCAGCACAUUAUCACAAUCUCAACGGAAGGGGACGAGGGCGAGAGCGAAACACACAACAUUCUGCUGACCGCCACCGACGAGGACCUCAAGGCCGAGGGCAUUGAGUUCACCCUGUGCCUUAGUCCACAAGCGGCAGACUGAAGAUUGAUUCGAUCUGUUCGUCUGUUUGAAUUAUGUAGGUAUAGGUUUAUUUGUAAGAUCCUUAGGCUAGCAGCGAGUAACAAAAUAGACGGAGAUUUGAAAUGGAAUGUUCUUGAUAAC